AUGAGGUCUUACAUGAGGAACGGGUUGAGAAUCGGGUUUGCAAAAGAGGCCUCCACAGACCGCAUUGAAGCAAUUUCUCUGGAAAUAGCUAAGAAGCUUGAGUUACUAUCAAAUAUCUGUGACAACAAAAGUAUAUCUGAGUUUCCCGUUGGCCUAAUCAAGGAGGUGGUUGGCCUGUGCAACGACCUGAGGGAUCUCACUCCUCACUACGACAUGCCUGCCGAGUAUGUCAACUACGUGGGAGAGAACGGAGAUGUUCUAGGAUAUUUCGAAAGAUCCGAGGACAGUGUCAAAGGCGAGGAGACCCGGAUUAUCAACAAGAGAAAGACAUUUGAUGCCUUUAGAAGCAUGGUGGAGAAGAUGGAGGAGAUAUAG